CUAUUUUGCUCUCUAUACCUUGUUCAAACUCAGUUGCACAAGACCCUUCUUUCAUCCCUUCUAAUGGCUUCUACUUCUUCCACUCCUCCCAAUCAGUGGAAGAAAUGGGAUGUUUUUAUUAGUUUUAGAGGCGACGAUACGCGUUAUGGUAUUCUCUCCCAUCUCUCUAAAGCCUUGAAGGACAAACAAAUCAAGACUUUUACGGACGAAGAGCUUCAUAAAGGGGAAAUGAUAUCACCAGAGCUCUUGAAAAUAAUUCGAGAAUCAAGCGUCUCAAUAGUCAUUUUUUCUGAAAAUUAUGCAGAUUCUCCAUGGUGUUUGGAUGAGCUUGUUGAAAUAAUUAAAUGCAAGGAAGAAUCAGGACAAAUAGUUCUACCAGUUUUUUACAAGGUAGAUCCAACUGACGUUCAAAAGCUUACGGGGAAUUUUGGGAAGGCAUUUGCUACUGCUACGCAUGGAGAAAAAGGCAGUCCACAAAAGGUCGACAACUGGAAGCGUGCUAUGAUGGAAGUAAGCAACUUAUCAGGAUGGGAUUCACAGAAUAUCAAGUAUGAGGCCGAAUUAGUAGAGAAAAUCGUCAAUGAUGUGUUGAAAAAAUUUAGUGAUAUGUCUAAAAGUGAUGAUUCUUAUGAUACCAAAUUGAUUGGAAUUAAAUCGCGUGUGGAAAAAGUGGAAUGCUUGUUAAAAGAUAAGCAAGUUGUAGGAAUUUUGGGGAUCGGAGGCGUUGGUAAAACAACUAUUGCACUAGAAGUAUUUCGUCGAAACAAAAAUCAAUUUAAUGGUCAUUACUUUGUUGAAAAUGUCAGGGAAACAAUGAUAAAGAAAUCAUCAAAGUCAGCACGAAAAAAAAUAAUUUGUGAAUUAUUAAGGGACAAACAUAUAGAUGAUUUGAAUGAUCAUGUUUGCAAAAGGCUCAAGAGUAUGAAGGUAUUGAUUGUUUUUGAUGAUAUAGAGGAUCGAAACCAUUUAAAAGAUUUAGCAGGAGAGUGUCAUUUGUAUGGUGAGGGAAGUAGAAUCAUCAUAACUAGUAGAAAUUCACUUGGUUUAUCAAAAGAAGGCAUAUAUGAGGUUGAGAAGUUAAUUGAUUCUCAAGGUCUGGAACUCUUUAGCUUACAUGCCUUCGAGCAAAAUCGUCCCAAGGAAGAAUAUAAGGAGCUAUCAAAGAAGGCGACAAUCUAUGCUGGAGGCAAUCCACUAGCUCUUAAAGUUUUGGGAUCUCAUUUAUUUCAUAGGACGAUAGAAGAAUGGGAAAGCGAAUUGGAAAAAUUGAAAGGCAAAUCUCUUAAAAAAAUUGAAGAUGUUUUGAAAAGAAGUUAUGAUGGGCUAGAAAAGAAUGAACAGGAAAUAUUUCUUGAUAUUGCAUGUUUCUUCAAAGGUGCACAUAAAGAUUAUGUUGAGAGAAAAUUAAAAGCAUUUGGUUUCUAUCCAGAAAGUGGAAUACCUCGUCUAAGUGAGAAGUCUCUGAUAACUAUUUCAAACAAUAGGGUAGAUAUGCAUGACUUGCUAGAGCAAAUGGGCAAGAAUAUUGUUAAUGACGAAUGCAAACAGCCUGGCGGACGCAACAGGUUGUGGAAUUAUGAAGAUAUUAGUUAUGUAUUGACAACAGAGACGGUAAGGACCAAAUUAAUCAAUGAAGCUUUUAUCAUUAUCAUAUUUGAAUUUUGUAAGAAUUGUAGAUCUCGUGACGAAUUAAGUAUUAAUCAAUAAUCCUUUUUGCUGUUAUUUUACUAGGGAACCGAAAAUGUUGAGGCCAUAUCGUUUCGUCGGGUUCAGAAGCCUUUGAAGCUAAGUGCCACGGCCUUUGCGAAGAUGUGCAAUCUUAGAUUCAUCGAAGUAUAUCCAAUACCGAACAGAGUGCUCCUUCCUAAGAACUUUGAAUUUUGUGCACAAGCACUAAGAUGUCUUUACUGGGAUUAUUAUCCUCUGGAAUCUUUGCCGUUAAAUUUUUGGCCAAAGAAUCUUGUAGAACUUCACAUGACUUCUAGCAAACUCAUACAACUGUGGAAUGGAGGAGAUAAGGUACAAUUUAUAUAUUUUAGCUAUAUUUUAUAAAGUUAAUUUGUAUCUUCUAAUUUAUUGAUAUUUUUCUAUUUAAUUACAGCCUCUUGAAAAUUUGAAAUUAAUGGACCUCAACUACUCUCAUGACCUGAUCAGGAUUCUGAACCUGUCUAGUAUUGCCCCAAAUCUCGAGUUUUUAU